GAUGAGUAUACGGGUACCCGGGAGGAACGGACCCGUUGAAAAGGAAAGUCUUGAGGGGAGAGAUCCGGCUACAGGGAACCCCUAUUUGCUCUUGGCUGACGAAGAAAUUAAGAACGAUUGAUCUGGUGGUUAAAGAAACAAGUAGGCAACAACUGGUGUUUGAGCUACCAUGGCUGAUUAUAGAAAGACAGACAUAUACUUAAGGCGUCAAGCAGCCAACAAAAUCUGGAUGCAACACCUAGCCGAAAACUCUGAUACUGAUGUUUCACCUGCCAAGGAUGAUAAUUGGAUAGACGGAUACUUCAUUAACUUAACUAGUAGAGUUGUAAAUCAAAGAAAACAAAUUAUAUCUUCAAGAUCUGAAAUCAAGGAACCAUCAAUAGAUUUAGAUUCUCCACUUAAGAUGUUUCUCCAAGAAGCAGUAUGUGAUGCAGAUAACUGGACGGAUGUCAACUGUAUGUACGAUGACAAGAGGUCUUUCCCUGCGUUCCUUAUGGAGAUAGCGCCAUCCGGCCUGGACAAGUAUGCUUCCAAUGAGGAUAAUGACAUCAGUAUUGGUUACCAGUCGAAUACAUGGUCGUUUAGUGAGGCAUCGCCAGAUGAUGUAGAUGAAUACUUAAAGUUGAUGAACCUUCCGCAAAGAAUUCGCAAAGAAUCUGAUCGAAGCUUAAAGUUGAUGUUGAUGAAACCUUCGCAGACUCACGCCAUGGUUACUACAGAUGAUAACUAUUGUGCGUUGGAAAAACUUAAACUUUUACACUAUGGAGAAUUCCUGUUGCAUGAUGUGUGUAUUGCAGAUGAAUUCUUUAGGGGAAGCUUGUGGCUGAAGACACUCUUGCAAAGAGUUUAUUCAGAAUCUGACGAUGAUUUCAGGCAAGAGCAGGCUCGGUUGUUGGACUCUUUCCUCGAUCACCUCAUCAGGAUACAGGAGGAGCAGCGGUUUGUUGCAAGUAGUUUCUCUGUGCAUCUGGAACAUUUGAGAAAGUCUGAUGUAGAUAGGUAUACGUGUCCUCUUAUCUUUCCCAAGCACCCCAAGGACACUUAUAUUUGGCGACAAAAGCACAUAUUCGAUAGUCUGUGUACAAUGUCACGUGAAUCGGUAUUCUUAUUUUUCUAGUCCCUCAUCUAUCAAGGAGUCCAACAAGAUUCUUGACUUGAUCUUGGUUUAUAUUUCAAAGUUCAAGAAAUCAAAGGUCUUGUUGGAUUAGUAUCUUUACGAUAAAUCUUUCCGCCGUUAUGUUGACCCGAAUAAAUUGGUAAUGUAUACCAAGGAAAUAUUAGAUGCCUUUGGAGAGCGCGCAAAAUAUCUCCAGGAGCAAGGAUUUGAAAGAAAAUCUGUCGUGGAGACUCUGCUUGGAUGUUUUGUAGGUGUAGUCAAUAUGAACUACAAGGGAGGCAAUCCGUUUGAUAAGGGAGGCAAUCCGUUUGAAUGUGCGUUUUCUGAGGCUUCCAAGAAAACAUUAGAGCUGAUAAAUAAAGCAGUAGAGAAACUAAAUUCAGUCAAGUGUUCUGAUCUUACCAGCGGAGGCUCUCCACUUGGAUGUAUUGAUUUGUGGAGGAUUUUGUUUGAAUCAUCUCUAAUUAAUCUUCGGUUGGAUCUUAUAUGUAAAAACCUUGGUGAAAUAGUCGAACUUGGGGCCACAGACGAUCAAAUGGAUGAGAUUGAGCCGUCGAUUGAUGAACUAUUGGAAGUUGGGGAAAGCGUCCUAGGUGAAUUUAUAGCCAUGCACAGGACGGUGGCACAAGUUACCUUUGUGCUAGGAGAUGCUUUUACAACUGGUGGUACUGGUCCUCAGAAUUUCAAUCCCGAUGAUUUCCCUUGAAAACGAGGAGUAGUGUUAUGUUUUUAGUUGUUUUCCCUCUUGAAAAAUAUACAGUGUAGUAUCUUUCGACGACAAGACAUGAGAUAAAUGUUGCUUCAUUUUUUGUUGUUGCUGUUGUGCUCAUACUCUUGCCGUAUUGCAACUCAGAUAUGGUCAGUGCUUCAGCAAUUUUCCCAUCCUACAUCCAUUAG